GAAAGCCACUGACAAAGCAAGCACUGAUAACUGAGACACGAUCUCUUCUCACUAAGUCUGGCUUAAACGCUGCUCAUUAUGUUGGUCAUAGCUAUCGGAUUGGUGCUGCAACAACAGCAGCCUCUGCAGAACUGCCAUCCAGGCUAAUCAAAACAUUAGGACGAUGGACAUCUGACUGUUAUGAACGAUAUAUCAAAAUUCCAUUGGCAACUCUAUCUGGGGUAUCAGCCACUUUGACAGAUGUGCUAACCGCUAUGUAA